AUGGUUAUUCUGCAGCAGGGGGAUUAUGUCUGGUUGGACUUUAAAACAGGUCAAGAAUUCGACGUCCCUGUUGGAGCCGUGGUCAAACUGUGCGACUCAGGUCAAAUCCAGGUCCUGGACGAUGAGGGACAGGAACACUCUAUCUCGCCCCACCAGGCGACCCAUAUCAGGCCCAUGCACCCCACCUCCAUCCAGGGGGUGGAGGACAUGAUUCAACUGGGAGACCUGAACGAGGCCGGAAUUCUACGCAACCUCCUCAUACGCUAUAACGAACAUGUCAUCUAUACUUACACAGGUUCGAUCCUGGUGGCGGUGAACCCUUACCAGCUGCUGCCCAUCUACACAGCCCAUCACAUCCGUCUCUACAGCAAUAAGAAGAUAGGAGAGAUGCCCCCUCAUAUCUUUGCCAUCGCUGAUAACUGUUACUACAACAUGCGCAGGAACAACAAGAACCAGUGCUGCAUUAUUAGCGGGGAAUCCGGAGCAGGAAAAACUGAGAGCACUAAGCUGAUUCUCCAGUUCCUGGCGGCCAUCAGUGGGCAGCACUCCUGGAUCGAGCAGCAGGUUCUGGAGGCCAAUCCUAUUCUGGAAGCGUUUGGCAAUGCCAAGACCAUACGUAACGAUAACUCCAGUCGCUUCGGCAAGUACAUCGAUAUUCACUUCAACAAGAGAGGAGCCAUCGAGGGGGCAAAGAUUGAGCAGUACCUGCUGGAGAAGUCACGGGUUUGCAGACAGGCGCCGGAUGAGAGAAACUAUCAUAUUUUCUACUGCAUGCUGGCGGGGAUGAGCAAAGGACAGAAGACCAAACUGGGUCUGGGUGUGGCAGAAGACUACGCCUACCUGACCAUGGGUAACUGUACAGUGUGUGUUGGUCGGGAUGAUGGGAAAGAGUAUUCCAGUAUUCUGUCAGCGAUGAAGGUGCUGAUGUUUACGGAGACAGAGCACUGGGAGAUCUCCAGGCUCUUAGCUGCUAUUCUGCACAUCGGUAACCUGCGCCAUGAGGCACGGACGUUUGAUAAUCUGGAUGCUUCUGUUGUUGUGCGCUCUCCUGACCUGUCUACAGCAGCUGACCUGCUGGGGGUGAGUGCUGAGGAUGUGAUGACGUGUCUGACAACUCGUACUCUGAUCACACGUGGGGAGAGUGUCUCCACUCCGCUGAGCAGGGACCAGGGCCUAGACGUACGGGACGCCUUUGUCAAGGGGAUAUAUGGAAGGUUGUUUGUGUGGAUUGUGGACAAAAUCAACGCUGCCAUCUUCAGGCCUCCCUCGUCUGAUGAAAAAACUAUCCGCAACUCCAUUGGACUGCUCGACAUCUUUGGUUUCGAGAAUUUCAACGUUAACAGCUUUGAGCAGCUUUGUAUCAACUUUGCCAAUGAGAACCUGCAGCAGUUUUUCGUCCGUCACGUUUUUAAACUGGAGCAGGAGGAGUACAACCUGGAGAACAUCAACUGGCAACACAUCGAGUUCACCGACAACCAGGACGCACUAGACAUGAUCGCCAUCAAACCCAUGAACAUAAUCUCCCUUAUCGACGAGGAGAGCAAGUUCCCCAAGGGAACGGAUACCACUAUGCUUCACAAGCUGAACUCCCAGCACAAGCUAAACAUCAACUACCACCCCCCAAAGCAUAGCCACGAGACCCAGUUUGGAAUCCAGCACUUUGCUGGGAUGGUCUACUACGAGACUAAAGGUUUUCUGGAGAAGAACAAAGACAGUCUCCACAGUGACAUCAUCCAGCUAGUCCACUCCUCCAAAAACAAGUUCAUCAAACAGAUCUUCCAGGCAGAUGUCGCUAUGGGUGUGGAGACCAGGAAACGCUCCCCCACUCUGAGCAGCCAGUUUAAACGGUCUCUGGACCUGCUGAUGAGAACUCUGAGUGUGUGUCAGCCUUUCUUCAUACGCUGCAUCAAACCCAACGAACUAAAGAAACCAAUGCUCUUUGACAGAGGGCUGUGUGUGAGACAGCUGCGUUAUUCUGGGAUGAUGGAGACGAUCCGGAUUCGGCGGGCCGGCUACCCCAUACGCUACACCUUUGCUGAGUUUGUGGACCGAUACCGCGUCCUGCUGCCUGGGGUACUGCCGGCAUUUAAACAGGAGGAUCUGCAAGGGACAUGUCAGCGUAUAGUGGUGUCAGUCUUUGGGAAAAACGAUGACUGGCAGAUAGGGAAGACAAAGAUCUUUCUCAAGGAUCACCACGACAUGCGUCUGGAGAUCCAGCGGGAUAAAACCAUCACAGACAAGGUCAUCCUGAUUCAGAAAACUGUACGAGGACUGAGAGACAGAACCAAGUUCCUGAGGAUGAAGAAAGCGGCGAUAGUGAUUCAGACAAGGUGGAGAGGUUACAUCUGCAGAAAGAACUACAAAGCCAUGCGUGUAGGUUUCUUGCGACUCCAGGCAGUCUACAGGGCGCGGAAACUUUACCUGUCCUACCGAUUGGCCAGAAAGCAGAUCAUUCACCUGCAGGCUCGUUGCCGCGGUUACCUAAUAAGGCGGGCCUUUGGGAUCCGCCUCCAGGCGGUACUCACCAUCCAGGCCCAUGCCCGAGGCAUGAUCGCACGGAGACUCUCCAAGCGACUCCGUGCUGAGGUACCACGCAGGUUGGAGGCGGAGCGUCAGCGGCUCCUGGAGGAGGAGCGUUUGAGGAACCAGAUGACAGCGCGGAGGGCAAAGGCAGAGGCUGAGCGGAAGCACCAGGAGCGUCUGGCCCUGCUGGCCCAGCAGCAGGAGGAGCAGGAGCAGGCGGAGCGGGAGGAGGCGAGAAGGAAGAAGGAGAUGCUAGAGCAGAUGGAGAGAGCGCGGCAGGAGCCCAUCGAUGACUCUGACAUGGUGGACAAGGUGUUUGGUUUCCUGGGCGACCCCAGUUCCCUGCCUAAUCAGGAAGGCCAGGCCCCUGAAGGGUUUGAGGAUUUGGAAAAUUCACUGAAGGAGCUUGAAGAGGACUACCUGGAUAAGGCUCUUCCUCUCCCUGAGGAAGAGGAGCAGGACUUGUCAGAAUAUAAGUUUGCGAAGUUUGCUGCGACCUACUUCCAGAGCACGUCCACACACACAUUCGUACGUCACUCCCUGAAACAACCUCUGCUCUUCCAUGAAGAUGAGGGAGACCAGCUGGCUGCCCUGGCUGUGUGGAUCACCAUUCUGCGCUUUAUGGGAGAUCUGCCAGAGCCAAAGUACCAGAUCAACGUCAGCGAUGGCGCUGAAAAAAUUCCCGUCAUGACCAAGAUCUACGAGACGCUGGGCAAGAGGACGUAUAAGAGGGAGAUGCAAACCCUGCAGAGCGAGGAGGAGGGCUCCACCACAGAGGGCCAGAAAAGGAGCAGUGUGAGGCACAAACUGGUGUCUCUCACGCUGAAGAGAAAAUCCAAAAUCACAGAAGAGGUGACCAGACGUUUCACUGACUCUGAUUAUAACAUCGAGGGAAACAGCAUGCUGGAGGACAGGCCCACGUCUAAUCUAGAGAAACUUCAUUUCAUCAUUGGCAAUGCCAUCUUACGCCCUGCCCUCAGAGAUGAGAUCUACUCUCAGAUCUGUAAGCAGCUGACGAAUAACCCGUCCAAAAACAGCCACGUGCGCGGGUGGAUUCUGCUCUCGCUCUGUGUGGGCUGUUUCGCCCCCUCGGAGAGGUUUGUCAAAUAUCUGCAAGGCUUCAUUACCAGUGGGCCUCCCAGCUACGCGCCAUACUGUGAGGAGAGGUUGAGACGCACCCUCAUUAAUAAAACCAGAAGUCAGCCUCCCUCAUGGCUUGAACUGCAGGCCACUAAAUCGAAAAAACCCAUCAUGUUACCUGUGACUUUUAUGGACGGCACCACAAAGACCCUGCUGGCCGACUCCGCCACCACAGCCAUGGAGCUGUGUAAUGCUCUCGCCGACAAGAUCGCGCUCAAGGACCGAUUUGGCUUCUCACUCUAUAUUGCUCUCUUUGAUAAGGUGUCCUCCCUGGGCAGUGGUAGGGACCACGUGAUGGAUGCUGUGUCCCAGUGUGAACAGUAUGCUAAAGAGCAGGGUGCUCAGGAGCGCAAUGCCCCCUGGAGGCUGUUUUUCCGUAAGGAGAUUUUCACACCCUGGCACAACCCGGCCGAGGACAGCAUCGCCACCAACCUCAUCUACCAGCAGAUUGUGCGCGGGGUCAAGUUUGGAGAGUACCGCUGUGAUAGGGAGGAGGAUCUGGCUGACUUGGCUUCCCAACAGUACUAUGUAGACUACGGGCCAGAGAUCCUUCCGGAACGUCUCCUAAGCCUCAUUCCCUCCUACAUCCCCGACCGAGAGAUCAACUCCUCCAGGACGGUGGAGAAAUGGGCCCAAACUAUCAUGUCAUCGCACAAAAAGGGAAUCUAUACACAGAAAGGGUUUGACCCUCAGAGAGUCAAAGAGGAGGUGGUGGACUUCGCUCGAUUCAAGUGGCCUUUGCUUUUCUCACGAUUUUAUGAAGCCUUUAAGUUCUCAGGGCCAAGUCUGCCAAAGAACGAUGUCAUCGUUGCUGUGAACUGGACAGGUGUUUACUUUGUGGAUGAGCAGGAGCAGGUUCUUCUAGAACUUUCCUUUCCAGAGAUUACUGCAGUGUCCAGCAGCAGAGGGGGUAAACUCCAGGGCCAGAGCUUCACCUUGGCCACCAUUAAAGGAGACGAGUACACCUUCACCUCCAACAACGCCGAGGACAUCCGUGACCUUGUCGUUACCUUCCUGGACGGCCUUAGGAAGAGGUCAAAGUUUGUGGUGGCCCUAGAGGACAGUCAUAGUCCUGCUGGUGAGGAUGCGACCUUCCUCAGGUUUUCUAAAGGAGACCUAAUCCUACUGGAUGAACACAAUGGAGAGCAAGUCCUGAACUCAGGCUGGGCCCAGGGUGUUAACGACAGGACCAAACAGAAAGGCAGCUUUCCAGCAAACAGUGUCUAUGUUCUACCCACCAUCACUCGCCCGCAGUACGACAUCGUGGCUUUGGUUUCUGUGACCACCGGCCAGCGGAGGGAAUCCCUGAACCUGUCCCAUAUGAUUUUGACGGACAGCGUGGAGAGAGUGAAGCCAUACACCCUGGAGGAUUUCUCCUAUGAUUAUUUCAGAACUCCUUCCAAGAGUACUCUGAGUCGGGUCAUGAUCUCCAAAGCCAGGGGGAAGGAGAGGCUGUGGUCCUGCUCCAGGGAGCCUCUCAAGCAGCCCCUGCUGAAGAAGCUCCAGGCUAACGAGGAGCUAUCUCAGGACGCCUGCCUCGCGUUCACAGCUAUCCUGAAAUACAUGGGUGACUACCCGUCCAAGAGGACGCGCUCGGUCAAUGAGCUAACAGACCAGAUAUUUGAGGGUGCUCUGAGGGUGGAGCUGCUGAAGGAUGAGAUUUUCUGUCAGAUCAUUAAGCAGCUCACAUACAACCAUGUCAAGUAUAGUGAGGAAAAGGGCUGGGAACUCCUUUGGCUUUGCACUGGUCUCUUCCCUCCCAGUAACGUCCUCCUGCCACACGUCCAGAAGUUCCUGCAGUCCAAAAAACACCAUCCCCUGGCCCCAGACUGCAUGCAGAGACUACAGAAAGCCUUAAGGAACGGGUCGAGGAAGUACCCCCCUCACCUGGUGGAGGUGGAGGCAAUUCAACAUAAAACCACGCAGAUAUUUCACAAAGUCUACUUCCCCGACGAUUCCGAUGAGGUGUUCGAAGUGGAGUCGAGCACAAAAGCCAAAGAUUUCUGUCUGAACAUCUCGGGCAGAAUGCGUCUGCAGUCCUCAGAGGGCUUCAGUCUGUUUGUCAAAAUCUCAGAGAAGGUGAUCAGCGUUCCUGAUGGAGAUUUCUUCUUUGACUUUGUCAGGCAUCUGACAGACUGGAUAAAGAGAGCCCGCCCCCUAAAGGACGGUGCCGUACCUUCACUGACGUAUCAGGUGUAUUUUAUGAGGAAACUGUGGACCAACACGGUGCCGGGGACAGAUCCCAUGGCUGACUCCAUCUUUCAUUAUUUCCAGGAGCUCCCUAAGUACCUGCGUGGUUACCACAGCUGCUCCCUGGAGGAGGCCGUCAAGCUUGCUGCACUCAUCUACAGAGUCAAGUUUGAGGAGGACAAAUCCCAGUUUGUCAGCAUGCACAAGACACUGCGGGAACUGGUUCCUCAGGACAUGAUUCGGCUGCAGUCUCCUGAUGACUGGAAACGGUCUAUUUUGACACAUUUCAACACACACGCUGGGAAAUCGGCAGAGGACGCGAAGCUCAUGUUUCUGAACAUCAUCUCCCUGUGGCCCACGUUUGGAUCUGCCUUUUUUGAAGUCAAGCAAUCAACAGAACCAAGUUUACCAGAGGACCUGCUGAUCGCAAUAAACAAAAAUGGAGUCAUUCUAAUUGACGCCAGUAAUAAGGAAAUCCUGACGACUUACCCUUUCACUAAGAUUUCCAACUGGAGCAGCGGAAAUACAUAUUUCCACAUCACCGUAGGGAACCUGGUCAGAGGGAGCAAACUGCUGUGUGAAACAUCCCUGGGUUAUAAAAUGGAUGACCUUUUGACCUCAUAUAUUAGUCAAAUGUUGACAACAAUGACCAAGCAGCGUGGUUCCCGUGGAAACAACAAAUGA